AUGAGUUUUGGCUUUAGAACACCUGCAAAACGCGACAUGACCAGGCCCGAAUCCCCCAAGGCCCCUGAAAAACUAAGAGCCAGCCCAAGCACAAAACCGAACGUCAGGCUCAGCAUAGACGCUUGGGAGGCAGGCGAACUAGCAAACUCGACUCAGGUCACACCCCCCUCGCACCCCAGGGUGGUUGCCCCCCCCAAAUCCACCCAGCGCAAGCGAGCUCCUUCACAAGGAGCACGGGCAACAGCACAAAUUGACUCACCAACGCUCCCCUCUACACCUGUCACCCGAGCUGCCAAGGCUAGGACCUGGGUGACAAAGGGGAAAACUUACCUGAGCGAGUCAAGAAACAUAAAGACCGAGCUCAAAAACGGCCUCACUGCCGCCCUCGACAAUUUGUACAGAUGCUACAAAGAAGCGGAGGCGGACAAAGCCACAGCAUGGGGAACGAUGCAGGGACCUGAAAAAGAAAAAGUGGUAUUAGGUAGGGAAGAGACGGAAAGGGAACAAGUAACGGUAGGAAAAGGGAAAACAGACAAAGAGACCGAGGAUAGGAUAUUGGGAAAGAUGGAAGAACAGAUGGCACUCCUACUGGAAAAUGGAAGGAAGCUCGAGGAGCUUAAAGAGUCCAUAGAGAGGAGGAACGAAACCAUCGCACAACCCUCCUAUGCAAGCGUGGUAGCAGGCCCACCAAAACAAGUGUCCUCAGAGCGAACCGCGUUGCAUUCCGUCAUCAUUACCUCGACGGACAAAGAGGAAACAGGAGAGGAAGUAAUGGACAGAGUAAGGAAGGCUAUCAAUGCGAAGGAAGGGGGUAUCGAGAUUGACAGAGUCCGGAAAGCCAAAGAUAGGAAGGUUAUCUUGGGGUGCAGGACAAAGGCUGAAAGGACAAAGGUGAAGGAUAAGAUAGCGAGCGCAGGGCCCAACCUCAAUGUCGAGGAGGUGAAGAACAAGGACCCGUUACUGAUCUUCAGAGGCGUCCUCCGCAUCCACUCGGACGAAGAAAUGCUGAGGGCGCUGAGAAAUCAGAAUCGGGACGUUUUUCAAGGCCUCGACGGAGAGGAUGACCGAAUAAUGGUAAAAUACAGGCGGAACGCAAGAAACCCAAAUACGAAUCAUGUAAUUGUUACCACAUCCCCCACGAUCUGGAACAGGGUAAUGAAUAAGGGAAGGGUCCGCAUCGAUCUGCAGACCAUAUACGCAGAGGACCAGUCCCCAUUAGUGCAAUGCACGCGCUGUCUGGGGUACGGCCAUGGCCGACGGUUCUGCAAGGAGACUGAGGACUUGUGUAGUCAUUGCGCCGGACCACACCUUAGAAUGGAUUGUCCACAACGGGUAGUGGGAGCAGAACCAGAGUGUCGAAACUGCAUCAAAGCCGGAAUAGACAACGCAGCGCACAACUCCUUCAGCAAAGAAUGCCCAGUCCGGGUCAAAUGGGACAGACUGGCACGAGCCUCGGUGGCAUAUUGCUGAAGUGGACACAAACCAGAUCAUG